CGAUAGUCAAAACAUUGACUCUCUAGGCUGCAGCUCUUUCCUUGUUUUUAAAAUGAAACCAAUUUCUCGCACUCACACAGCUGCCAUCGUAGCAACGCGUUAAUCCCACUAGGCCACUAUCCCAUCUAAUAAUACUGGGUUUUUCCAUGGUCAACGUCUAAUAUGUAUUUUUUUUGUUCUUAUGAAUGGAUUAUUGGAAUGAAGAAAAAAAUUAAAUAGCAAGGCUCACUUCCCACAAGCAUCCGAUCACCAAACUGCGAGACUUGAUUUCGAGAGAGACGACUUAGGGAAAAUCAAGAAACAUCUAUGGCUGAGGCGUUCCGACGAUUGCCCAAGUACGUGGUGCUCCGAUCGCGUCGAUGUACCAACUACCGAAACUACCUGCAAUUCCUUUGGAACGACGACGAGUUCGGCGGCGGCUACCACAAAGCCAUGGGCGCCAUCCGCGAUUUGGAGGUAGUGAGCCCGUUCGUGAAGCUGGAGGUCGUCCCUUCAGCUACCAACCCAUCGUGGGCCGUCCACCUCCUCUGCUCCUGCAACAACAAGUACUUGGAGGUGGUCCGGCACAAGGACACAGACCUCAUGUACGUCUCCGCCACCGCCGACCGCCCCGUCGACGACCCUAACGUGUCCUCGUCCACGAUGUUCAACCUCUCAUUCAAACAUCCCGCCGUCGUGGCACUCCAUCACGGCGGUACGGACAGAUUGGUUGCGAUUUCGGCUGCCACGGGUGUGGCCAUGGCGGUGCCGACGACGGAGGGGGAGUACUUUGAGUACUUCCCUUGGGAAUCUCACGAGGAGAAGAUGAAGGCCAAGGACAAGGAGAACAAGACGCUAAGUGAUGUAUUGUAUUUGAUUAUACUCCUUGUAGCAUUGUAUGUUCUUAUGUUGAUUGGUGGGGUUAUGGGUUAAGGGAUUAGGAUUCAGUCAACUAAGGGGGCAAUUUUAGUGAUAUCACCAAGCCUAAUCGAUCCUUAAAUUAAUUUCUUUUCACAUCCUAGGGUUGUGGGCUGCUGUGUUAGUUAUGAUUUGCUUAAUUAUAUUGAGCCAUUUUCUGAAAGCCAAAGAUAUUUUCGUUUCCUUUUUGUGUUAUAGUGCAAUUGUUUCGAGCAUGAUCUAGGAUGCAGUGCAGAUAAGAAGUCAAACAACAAAGCACUUUGAGAUCACUCGUGUGACAAAAUGAUACUUUUGAUAAAUUUUCAAAUGGUGU